CAAGGCCAGCAGUUAGAGCUGUUUUCAAAUGAACUUAGCCCAAGGGUCUGCUUGGACUAAAAAGUGAACAAGAGUGAAUAAAGUACUUACGAGGAGGAGCUGAGAGAACUUUUUAAGUCUUCCCACUUUAAGUGCUUGUGACUUUAAAUUGGUUCUUGGAGUGUGGGCAAAUACUUCUGAUGUAAAGCUUUCCAGAGCAUAGAAGGGUGUACAAGAUCAUAAUCAACUCUCUUAAUCAGCACUUACAUUUUUCUAGCAAUGUAAUUCCUGAGUACUUGUUGAAAUGCAUGAGGGACUGUUGUAUCUCCCAUUAAUUCUCUAUCUGUGUUCUAGUCACCUCUCUAUAAAAGGAUUUUUUAAAGUCAGUUUUAACAAAAUAAUCUGUUUCAGGAAUAGAAAUCAACUUUAUUUUAGGACUCAUUUGAAUGUAUAUUUAAUCUAUACAUAAUUCAUACCACCUGCUGGCUCUGUAUUGAGGUGUUUCCUACUACAGUCGGUUAGUAUGCUUAGACUAAAGGUGACAGGGAAGGGUGUUUAGCUCUGGAGAUGUGCUUGGGAGCUGUGGUAAAUAAUGUUACCUCUUAGUAGGGUCAUGGAUUGGGUCAGGAAUACCUUUGGGUGUUGUGAACGCUGUCGUACUCCAGAGCAUGCGUCUUUGUACAGUGAUACUGGUGGCAGAGCUGACACUUUGAUUUCAGACCUGAAGACAGCGUAAUGUUCUAGAGGCUCGAGAACAGGCUAAAAACAGUAAGUGUAGCUGUAACUAGCAGUAAGGUGUUGAAAGCCAAACUCAAACCAGCUAAUUCGCUGCUAUUGAAGUUCAAAGUUCAUUUUGGUAUUUUUGAGUUGGUGAUCUAUCAAAAUAGUUUAAAAAGCAAGUGUAUCCAGUUAGUCAUUACUCUGCUUUGGUUGACCAGUACUUUUACCAGUGUGCCUAGCACCAGUUGCUCACUUAGAAAGCCAGUUGCCUAAAUCCAGUUUGUUAUGUGAUUGUUGGAGAUGUAAUUGGGCAUGGAUGUUUGAGGUAAUGCCGUUUCUCUUGAGGAAGGUGUUACAAGACCUUUCAUGAUGCAGAGGUGGCUAGCUUGUGCUGUGUUGAGAUACUGUUGGUAAAUUUUGCUUUCCCUGUGUGCCAGAGUAAGUCUGCCUUGCCGGGUUCUGUCUCUGAGCUUGCAGGAUUUGUAUGUAGCCCUUGGUGUUCCCCAGAAUUUUUGGUUUUAGAGGGAGAAGUGGGAACAACAGUAAAGUAGGAAAUUAGGAGAAAAUAUGUCUUUCAAUUAAAACUGAAAUGAGAGGAGCAACUGCAGAGCCUGUGAAAAGCAGUUGGUUCUAGCUAAGAUAGAUAUUGGACAUCAUAAACUCAAUUGUGUGGAAAAUCUACUUAGUGUUCUCUAGGGAUCACAAGCACAUGAUUGUGCUUUUAAAGGGUCAAUGUAUUUAAGCUUACAGGAACGGAAACUUCCAGUGAGUCUAGAAAAAUAGAUGGAAGCUUUAGAUAACACGGUUAUAACAAUAUUAUUGCUACACUGCUUGUCACUCUACCAUCCAAAAUUAAAACAAAUGAACUCUGUUCGUUAUCCCUCUCUUUCUGAGCACCAGUGUAGGAGUUCCCAAUGGAAUUGCACUCUCAGCUGUAAGAACACAAUAAAUUUGUCAGGGUUACUAAUUUAGUGUGAGAUUCUGGAAAAAUAAAAUAAAAUUGAGUAGACAAGAGGAAAAAAAGAGGAUAGGAGGAAAGAUGAACAGCUAAGGUAUUUGAGCCCCAGAGUAUAGGGAUUGAUAACAGCACAUUGGCUUAUACAUAGACAUUUAAGUUAAAUAAUACGAUUGGAAGUGGCUGGGGGAAAGAGAAAUCCCACAGCUGGGGAAGAAUCUCUUUGAACUUGACUAUGGAUAUAAUAUGUGGAUGAAUGAAGAAGGGAAACUUCUGCAGAAAUAGAGACAGAAAGCUUUAGACGUAUCUGUGAAAGGUUACAAAAUCUCCCUUUGUCCCUCCUGCAGUUCUAGGUGCCUGCCUCUGGCAUAUGGUUUCAGGUUUGUUUCCAGCCACUUUCAAUUCCUGAACUGUUUUGCAUUCUCUUCAGUUCCUCAGUAAUGAGUUGCUUAGUAGUAGCGUUGCUGUCAGUGCAGUACAGGCAGCGCUCGCGUCUGUUGUGGUAAGCACAUGAAGAGUUUCAGUCUGGGCUUUAAAAAAAAAAAAAAAAAGUCUGUUCUCUGCUCCCAGCUGUGAUUGCUGUACAUGUGGGGAUGCUGAGCUGGUUGCAUGCAGGCUAACUCAGGAGCAGCAGCAUACAAACAGGGUUGUGCUUUACUUGAAUAGUAAACACUGCAGCAGAAUGUUUGAAUAGAUUCUAAACUGGCUUUUGGAAGUGUUCACACAGGGGAUUUUAAUGUCUGCAUUUGUCUCUCAAAAUUUUGCAUCUGAAUCCCCAAACUGUCUCUUGAGGAAGCCUGCUGAGCACUUGUUUACACCUUGAGUGCUUACUGUGCCAGCAGAGGCAUGAGACAAACUUCCAUUGAAAGUCUUGCUCCUUGUCCUUUCCACAGAAACUAUGCUACGAUUCCAUAGUCCCUGUUUCUCUUCCUUUCCUUCCCAGCCCUCCAUCUUUUUUUUUUUUUUUUUUUGGCUUGAAAACUUGUUGGCCUUGAUGCUCUUCUUUCCCUGAUGUUCCAAGAAUGGCAGAAGAGAAAUCCUGCAUUUCUCCUGAGUAGUAGAAAAUGUGUCUAUAUGAAUACAGAUCUACUCUUCUCUGGGUUUAUUUUGAACAAGAAUUUUUGCACAAAUCAGUGUUGAAAAAUUCCCUUUUAGCUGCAUGCAUGUAAAAAGAUACAUGGGAUGAAUAUGAGAUGUCUCUAACAGCAGGUGUUACUGGCUGUGGAUGGUGUCAUGCUGAUGUUGGAGUAGUGAGAAUUUUUCUAGUAUUUGUAUGAAUAUUUUUCUCAUGUACGUUGGGUGAAUCCCAUUGGCAGGCUCCAAUGUCAUGGACGUCUUUGGAGGGAAAAAGCCUGUGCCAACAGCACUGGCUCAGGUCGACCGUGAAAAGAUCUACCAAUGGAUCAAUGAGCUGUCCAGCCCCGAGACACGGGAGAAUGCACUGCUGGAGCUGAGCAAGAAGCGUGAGUCUGUGCCUGACCUUGCCCCGAUGCUGUGGCACUCGUUUGGCACGAUCGCAGCGCUCCUUCAGGAAAUUGUAAAUAUUUAUCCAUCAAUCAACCCUCCGACUUUGACAGCCCAUCAAUCCAACAGAGUCUGCAAUGCUUUGGCUCUACUACAGUGUGUUGCAUCGCAUCCUGAAACAAGGUCAGCUUUUCUGGCAGCUCACAUCCCUCUCUUCCUGUACCCCUUCUUGCACACAGUUAGCAAGACACGUCCAUUUGAGUACCUGCGGCUCACGAGCCUCGGAGUGAUUGGGGCCUUGGUGAAAACCGAUGAGCAAGAAGUGAUAAAUUUCUUAUUGACAACAGAAAUUAUCCCCCUGUGCUUACGCAUUAUGGAGUCUGGCAGUGAACUCUCCAAAACGGUUGCUACGUUUAUUCUUCAGAAAAUCCUCCUGGAUGACACAGGGCUGGCAUAUAUCUGUCAGACUUAUGAGCGGUUUUCUCAUGUUGCCAUGAUACUGGGUAAAAUGGUCCUGCAGCUCUCCAAGGAGCCAUCGGCACGGCUGCUGAAACACGUUGUCCGCUGCUACCUUCGCCUUUCUGAUAACCCCAGGGCACGUGAAGCUCUCAGGCAGUGCCUUCCUGACCAACUGAAGGACACCACCUUCGCCCAGGUCCUGAAGGAUGACACCACCACGAAGCGCUGGCUGGCUCAGCUUGUCAAGAACCUGCAAGAGGGUCAAGUCACUGACCCACGGGGCAUUCCUCUUCCUCCACAAUGACUGCUGGGGGAGGUGGGGGACCGGGGAAGAAACAGCUCAGGUUUACAAAGAACCAGGAACAGGUGACCUCUUCCGCAACAAACUGGGCACGCCAGCUGGCUGCUGGCCUGUCGGACCAUCCCACCCAGCCAAAGGGCUGCUCUGUAGCAAUGCAGCAUGCCUCUGGGGAUUGCAACACCAGCAAAUGCUGAUACUACAGCUUCAAAAAAAAAAAAAAUCAAUAAAACCAAUCUGUAAAGAUCCCUGCCUCUCCAGGAGGCUUGGCUGGCAUCUCUCCCUCCACUGCCAGGCAGGUAGUGUGGAUGUCCGCUCUUCAGUUAGCUCAGCCUCCGCCCAAGCGGUGCGUGACACAAGGUGUGCACGCCAUGUCCCUCCAGUUCUUUAUUGCUUCUUGUUUACAGAUCUGUUUAGAUGAGUGAGCUGAAUAAAAGCCAAUCCAGUUGUAUCCCCUCUUAAGACUGCUGCUCAGCUGCAGGUAGCCCGGGGACAGCUUUCUUCCCUGCCAGCGCAUCCUUGCUCCUGGCUCUGCAUCCGGCUGACGCAGCCAGCUUCUCUCUUCCUUUCCUCUGGCACGGUGGCAGUGGCUGGAACCGGGCCACUGCAGUGCUUGCCCCAAGAGGAGGGGUGGAUUACUUGCGAUGAACCCACAUGUCGUAAGCUUGCUUCCCAGGGCUCUGGGGGAGGAGAAGACAGCAGGACUGUGGCUCUUGUGCUGUAAAUAGCAUGCUCCUGCAGCUAACCAGCGGCUGGGGACUGAUGUGUGCUGGCCUCCCAUCCAGCCCAGCUCUUGCCCGGCGGGGCUGCUGGCUGGUUGAUCAGAUGGAGCUUGGCAUUGGGAAACCUGCUUUGUGGUGGUUGGCAGGCUGCUGACCAGUGAUCCCCUGUCGUGGGCACCAGGUAUGCUGGCUUCUGUGCCUGCCGCUGCUGCCAGGCGUCUCUCAGUCCCGGCCCCCCUCCCUUUCCCCCCUCCUGCAGCUCAUCUCCACCAGCCAGCUGCAUCCAUUACAGCUUUCAAACCUGCCUUGGCAUCUGCCUUGCCCCCACCGCAAUUAAACUGGACCAGCAGCCGCUUACCUGCUUUCCCUGUGCCGAGGGGUUAGCAUGACCGCAGCGGGCUCUGGGAAGCAGCCGAGGAGCUCCUGGGCUCUGCUGCAGCAGAUCCUGCUCUUGGCUGCAGGCAAGCCUGGGCAGCUACUCGAUUUCUCCCCCCGCCCCUUGAGUAGCCCAUUUUGCUGAUCAUCUGCGGCAUCGUGCCAACAGUGUCUUAAAUCCCAUGUCGUUUCCCUUCCCUCCCCCCCUCGCAGCCUUGUGUAACAAGGGCAGAGCACAGCCUCUUCCUUGUCCCCACAGUCCUGUUUUAUAACCAUCACCUUCUUUUCCCUCCCCUCCAUCCUGACCUUGACAGGGUGUGAAAAUGCUUCUGUUUGGGGUUUGUUGGUUCGUUUCGUUUUGAGUUUGUUUUUUGUAAGUUCCGAUUAAUAAAUAGUAAAACCCCA